AGCUGUCAAAUCUGACAGAAAAAUACGAAAGUCAGUCGUGUGAAUCAGGAAGAAAUGUAAUUUUUCGGAGAAUUUUCUGCUCCCUAGUAAUUGUUUAGUCGAUUUUGCUAAAUGUAAAGUUUGUGUUGGGAUGUCUUCUUCAGAAAUAAGAAAGUGAUUUUUAUCGGUAAUGUGUAACGUGGCAAUAAUCCAGUAGUGGAUUGACAAAGCACUGACAAAUAAUACUUAUUUUUUAUAUUUAUUUGACGAUGCACACCAGCCUCGAGAUGGUGUUCAUAAAUGUGAUGCGAAUACUGGACAGCGUCCAGAGCAGCCAUGACCUUUUCAAAUUAUUCCAUCACAGGAGAUAGUACAUCUUUGCCCUUGAGACGAAGUUUAGGAAGACAGCGCGUUUGUUUGAGCGCCGUCUGGCCAGAUCCUCCGAUCAACAAGAAGGAACGAAGAAGGGCCAUCUAUUCCUGGUCUUUCGGGUACGGAACCCUCACAGAACUUGGCGAAAUAGUCGGCACAAAGCAAGAAUUCAUCUGCAAAAAAGGUAAAGUGGCCGAUAACAACCAAAUAUUGGAACAGCAGCAGGGCCGCCGCCUAGUGACAUCAAUCGCCCUACCACAUGUCUCGCCUUCGCCGUCCCGCCGUCGGUCCUGUAGCAAAGUCGAUUUUAAGGCUAUGCCGGGUAUUAAAUCUUUUGUCGGCUCACGAGAUAAAAACUGUAGUGAGAUCGAAACCUCGCUGCCCCUGGUGAAACGCGACGACCAGCCCAAGGGGCAGAUAAUAAAACAGUGCAGGAGUUUGGCGAAUCUGCGCAAAUGCGACACGGUGCUCGCCCUCACGGGCGUGCUCAAGUCCUCGUCGUCGACGAGCAGCGUCGAGCCCCUGCAACCCGUCAACAGACUGAGGAUCACCUCGGACGGUUCGAACCCGAGGCUGUGCUCGCGGUGCUCGAGCCUGCUCACGCUCGCCUCCUCGUCGAAGUAUUCACUCAAUUCCUGUGCCGGAUUCGUGCCCGUCAAGGACGAGCCCAAUCUCCUGUGUAAAUUGUGUCUCGCCGAGGUGCCUUCCAAAGAAGUUUAUAAGAUUAAACAGUGCAAUUGCUCUUUUUGUUUAGAGUGCAUGACAGUUUAUGUCAAAUAUGAAAUAGCUGAAGGGGCCUACGACAUAUCGUGUCCCGACGCACGAUGUCCCGAGCAGGGGGUCCUGCAGCAAGAUGAGAUUAAAAGACUUGUAGGAGAAGAACAGUUCGAGAAACACAAAAAGUACAGGCUGAACAGAGAGAUCGAGGUGGACCAGAGUCGCACCUGGUGCCCGAGGGCCGGCUGCGAAACGGUCUGUUCCUUGUGUCCGUCUCAGCCCUGCCUACCUCAGAGCGUGCUGUGUCCCACUUGCACGAACAACUUUUGCAGUAACUGCAAACUGGAAUGGCACGAGGGGAAGACGUGCGAUCAGUACAGCAAACAGCUGGCCAGGGAGGGUAAAGCGGAAGAGCCCGGGAUACCCUUCGAUUCGGAUCUCAUCAAGUGCUGCCCCAUGUGCAAUGUUCCUAUCGAAAAAGACGAAGGCUGUGCUCAGAUGAUGUGCAAGAGGUGCAAGCACGUGUUUUGUUGGUAUUGCCUCGCGAGUCUCGACGAUGACUUUCUUCUGCGACAUUAUGACAAAGGUCCUUGCAAAAAUAAACUUGGACACUCCAGAGCUUCGGUUAUGUGGCAUAGGACUCAGGUGAUAGGAAUAUUUGCUGGUUUUGGAAUUUUGCUACUAGUGGCCUCACCGUUGUUGCUUCUGGCUGCUCCUUGUAUAAUAUGUUGCAAGUGUCGGGUCUGCAAUGCAGGAAAUACAAAAAUGGACAACGAGGAAUCGUCGUCCUCUGAAAGACUUUGAGAUGAUAGGAGCUUAUGAAUAUUGUUGAGAAUUAUGAAUAAAAUAUUUUGUUAGAUGAAGUCAAGGUCGUCAAAGACGUUGGUGAGAAAUUAUUACGAUAUUUAUUAAUGGAUUACCUGUUUCGUGUUUGAAUUAUGUAUAUAUUAACUAUGGGACUGCAAUUCAAAUGUCUUUUUAUUGAGCACUAUGUUAAAUUAUAACACAUAAAAAUAAUAAAAACACUUUUGAAGUGUAUAAUUGUUCGAA